AUGAUUAUAUCAUGUUUUCCAAAAUGUGGUGCCGUUUUAGCCCUCUUUGUCCUGAGUGUUGGUGCACUGGACACUUUUAUCGUUGCAGUGUAUGAGCAUGCUGUUACGUUACCAAACAGAACAGAAGCUCCUGUGCCAAAAGAAGAAGCUUUGCUCCUGAUGAGCAGGAAUAUAGAUGUCCUAGAGAAAGCAGUUAAACUGGCAGCCAGGUAGGGUGCACAUAUCAUUGUGACCCCAGAAGAUAGAAUUUAUGGCUGAGUCUUCACAAGGGAGACCAUUUAUCCCUACCUGGAGGAUAGCCCAGAUCCUGAAGUGAACUGGAUUCCAUGUAGAGACCCCCAGAGGUUUGGCCACAGCCCAGUGCAAGAAAGGCUCAGCUGUCUGGCCAAGGAGAACUCUAUCUACUUUGUGGAAAAUACUGGGGACAAGAAGCCAUGCAAUGCCAGUGACCCUCAGUGUCCCCCUGAUGGUCGUUACCAAUACAACACUGAUGUGGUAUUUGAUUCUGAGGGUAGGCUGGUGGCCCGCUACCACAAGUACAAUCUUUUUGCACCUGAAAUUCAAUUUGAUUUCCCCAAGGAUUCAGAACUUGUGACUUUUGACUCUCCCUUUGGGAAGUUUGGCAUUUUCACUUGCUUUGACAUUUUUUCUCAUGAUCCAGCUGUGAUGGUGGUGGAAGAGUUUCAGGUUGACAGCAUUCUCUACCCCACGGCCUGGUACAACACGCUGCCCCUCCUCUCGGCAGUCCCCUUCCACUCGGCAUGGGCCCAAGCCCUGGGAGUCAACCUGCUUGCUGCCAAUACCCACAACACAAGCAUGCACAUGACACACAGUGGAAUCUACUCACCGGAGGCUGUCCAGGUGUAUUACUAUGACAUGGAAACAGAGAGUGGCCAGCUGAUGCUCUCAGAAUUGAAGUCCCGGCCUCGAAGAGAACCCAGUUACUCUGCAGCUGUUCACUGGAGUGCUUAUGUCAGAGGUGUCAAGCCAUUCUCAUCUGAACGGUUGAAUUUUCCAGGGAUGAUUUAUUUCGAUGCGUUCACCUUCACCAAGCUUAAGAGAAACACAGGAAAUUACACAGUUUGUCAGAAAGACCUGUGUUGUCACUUAACUUACAAGAUGUCUGAGAAAUGAACCAAUGAGGUGUAUGCACUAGGUGUCUUUGACGGACUGCACAUGGUAGAAGGCCAGUAUUAUUUACAGGUAUGCACAUUACUGAAGUGUCAAACCACUGACCUGAGAUCUUGUGGAGAGCUUGCGGGGUCAGCUUUUACCAAGUUUGAAGAAUUCUCCCUCAGUGGCAAAUUUGGAACGAGUUAUGUUUUCCCACAGAUCAUUCUUAGUGGGAGUCAGCUUGCCCCUGAAAGACAUUAUGAGGAGAUGGACGUCUGCAGAGCCGAGGCGGAGCCCCUUUGCCUUUCUUGGUUCUGGCCCUGUAUGGAAGAGUGUUUGAGAGGGACCCUCCGCGCUUAG